AUGGGUAAAAUUACCAAAUCAAAGAAGCUUGAAUCUAAGAGUAUCAAACAUGAUGCAAAGAAAUCGAAGAUUCAUAAGAAACCAACAAAAGGUAAGGUUACUGAUGAUGAAGAUUUAGGAAAUAUGCCUGUUGAAGAAUUUUUCAAUGGUGGUUUUGAAGGUAAAGAUGAUAAAAAAAUGGGCAAGAAGCACAAGAACAAGAACAAGAACAAGAACAAGAAUAAGAAACAAAUAGUUGAAGAGGAUGCUGAAAGUUCCUCUUCUUCUGAAGACGAAGCUGUUGAUAUGGAAGCUAACAUGGCUGCCUUAUCAGAACAGGAUCCAGAAUUUUACAAGUUUUUAAAGGAUAAUGAUAAAGACCUUUUGGAUUUCACUGCAUCAAACCCGCUAGAUGCAAUUAGUGGUUCUGAUAAUGACGAUAAUGAUCAAGAUGCUGAUCAGCAUGAAGAAGAAGACACUAGCAAUAAAGUUGAUGAAAAUAAAGAUGAACCAGCAAUGGAAAAAGCUGAAGAAAAAAUUGAUUUGACCUUGAAGUUGGUAUUGAAAUGGAAAAAAUCAUUAAAAGAAGAGCCAACUUUGAAAUUGAUUAGAAAUGUUGUUACAGCUUUUAAAGUAGCUGUUAAUUUGAACAAAGAAGAAAAUAUUGCAGAAUAUAAAUAUACUGUUACAGAUGAAAAGGCCUUCCAUGAAUUAAUGUUCUUAUGUUUAAAGGGUCUACCUCAAGCUAUUCAAAAAUUGGCACCAUAUAAAAUGAAAAAGAAUGUUAGAAUUUUACAAACUGGUAAAACUGUAACCAAAUUGUCAUCUAUUUUAAAAUCUCAUGCUGCUUCCCUUUUGACUUUAUUGAAUGAUAUCACAAAUACAGAAACCGCUGCAUUGGUUCUUUACUCAGUCGAUCAAUUGUUACCAUUCUUUCUAUCACACAGAAGAUUAUUGAAAGAGAUGAUAAAGGCAAUUGUUGAAAUUUGGGCUACUACAAGAGAUGUUGAAACACAAAUUGCUACAUUUGCAUUACUCCACAGUUCUUCAAAAGAAUUCAAGAAAUCUAUCUUAGAAUUAGUUUUAAGAGCAACAUAUUCUACAUUUGUUAAAAGUUGUCGUAAAACUAAUAUGCGUACAAUGCCAUUAAUUAAUUUCCAAAAAAAUUCGGCGGCAGAAUUAUUUGCUAUCGAUGAAGUCUUGAGUUAUCAAGUAGGUUUCGAAUAUAUCAGACAACUGGCUAUUCAAUUAAGAAAUGCCAUGACUACAACAACAAAAAAAUCCUAUAAAGUCAACUCAGCAGAUGCUUACAAGUUGGUUUACAAUUGGCAAUUUUGUCAUUCUUUGGAUUUCUGGUCUCGUGUACUAUCCUUUUCUUGUAAUUCCAUGAAGAAAAAUGCUGCAAGUUCACCAUUGAGUCAAUUAGUUUAUCCAUUAGUCCAAGUUACAAUUGGUGUAAUUAGAUUGAAUCCAACUCCACAAUAUUUCCCAUUGAGAUUUUAUUUGAUAAGGUCAUUAAUUAGAUUGUCUCAAAACACAAGUGUCAUGGUUCCAGUUUACCCAUUGUUAUCUGAAAUAUUAAACUCCACUGCAUUUACCAAGAGCCCAAAAAAGAAAGAGAACUUAGAAGCCUUUGAUUUUGAUCAUAACAUUAAAUGUAAUCAAGCUUACUUAAAUACAAGAGCUUAUCAAGAAGGUUUAUCGGAACAAUUUGUUGAUUUGAUAUCUGAGUAUUUUGUUUUGUACUGUAAAGAUAUAUCAUUCCCUGAAUUUAGUACUCCUGCAAUUAUUGGUUUACGUCGUUAUAUGAAAGCUUCUAAGAAUAUUAAAUUUAACAAACAAUUAUCUAAUGUCGUUGAAAAAUUGACUAAAAAUAGUGAUUACAUUGAUGAACAAAGAUCCACUGCCGACUUCUCCCCAAUUCAAAGAGAAGAAGUUAUGAAUUUCUUAAGAGAGGUAACAUGGUCUAAAACUCCUUUAGGAUCAUAUGUCACUGUACAAAGAGAAGUUAAAGAAGAAAGGGCAAGAUUGAUGAGAGAAAGUUUGGAAGAAGAAGAUAGAGAUAAGGAAGAACAAAAACUAAAGGAAAUGGUUGUAGAGGAUGAAAUUGACGAAGCUGAUGAAGAUGAUGAAGAUGAUGAAGACGUCGAUAUGUCAGACUAA